UGCAUUAAUUAAUCAAUAUGAAAGCAUUCGCCUUCUUGCUCUUCGCUGUGGCUUUGGCUGCACCAGCCUUCGGUGAGGUCUUGGAUCGUUGCUCCUUAGCUCGUGAGAUGUCACGCUUGGGUGUUCCCAGGGAUCAAUUGGCCCGUUGGGCUUGUAUUGCCGAACAUGAGAGCUCCUACCGCACUGAUGUCGUCGGUCCAACCAACUACAAUGGCUCCAACGAUUACGGUCUCUUCCAGAUUAACGACUACUACUGGUGCCAACCUGCGGACGGUCGCUUCUCCUAUAACCAGUGCCACAUCGGCUGUGAUGGAUUAUUGACUAACGACAUCGAACCCAUAGUACGUUGUGCCCAAGAGGUCUUACGCAUGCAAGGUUGGUCAGCCUGGUCCACCUGGCAUUACUGCGACGGCUAUGUACCAAGCAUUGAUGACUGCUUCUAAGCUAUUGAGAAUUUUUGUACAUGAAUUUUAAAAAAUAUAAAUUGAAAUAAAUAUGUGAAGU